GACACUCAGCAAACUUUGUAAAUUACUUGAAUAAAAUUUUUUUGUUAGACCUAUUUUUUAAUAGAAAGAUAAAAAUGUUAAUUUAAAGUUAUACAAAGUUUUUAUACAAAGUUAUAAAUGAUCCUGACCAUCACAACUUAUUUAUUUUUAACUCUGUGUUUAUUAACAACUCCGUUUUGAAAUAUAAUUAUUUUUAUAACUCCUUUUAUGGUUCUUGAUUUUUCUAUAUAAUAAAAAGUAUUAGUAUUUUCAAAAUCAUAGCUAUACUAUACUAUUUGAUGUUCUUUAUUUUACGAAAGCAUGAAACAUAUGAAACGUAAUUUAUAUACUACUAAAUUUUUGGUAAUCUCGAAAUAGAAUUUCGAAAAAAAAAUUUUAAUUCAGAUUAUUUAGUGCGAUAUAAAUACUAGUGUCUCAAAUGCACUCUGGAAAAAAUCAUUCGCGACGUAUCAUAUAACCGAACUCAUCCAAACAUCCUGUCACCGCAUACUAAAUGUUUAUAAAUUAUGAAUGUCAACGCCACUUUCUCAGUUCAUUACUCGAGCUGGUUAAUCAUAGGUCAGAACACUUUGGUAUCUCAUCGAAGUAACAUCGUGCUCUAAAGAGUGUAUUCCAGAGUCAUUUUUAACUAAAAAUCUAUUAGAAAUCAAAAAAUUAUUGUUUUUUGAGUGUGUGCCUUCACAGUUUUUUAAUUUGUGAUACCAGCUUAUUGAUUGGUUUCUGAAUCCUAGAAGAAUAUUUUAUUAUUUUCGAAGAAUUUAUUCAGAAUUACGAUGUUUUGCUUGAUAUUUGCACUAGCUUUUCUAUUACAUAUACGUGGAGAUGAAAAUUCACCCUAUGAAUUAAUACCUAUAACGACACCAAUAUUACGAGAAGAGCUGUUUCAAGCCAAACUUUACCAUGAGAUUUGGACGACGAUCCAUUUUGUUGACAUACUUGAGUUAGAAAGCCAUGCAAAUGAGGUGAAUACAACAUUACAAGAUCUUCGAAAUCAAUGUUCUACAUUUAAACCGUGCAUUUAUGGAAUAGAGUUAGAUCAUAUGUAUAAAAGUCUUUAUUCAAUUCAACAAAAAAUUGAUUUUUUAGUCUCCUUAAGCGAUAAGAAAAGAGAAAAAAGAGGGUUAUUUAAUAUAGUCGGAACAAUACAACAUUUUUUAUUUGGCACUAUGUCAGCCGACGAUGCUGAAAGAAUUGAUAAACAAAUAGAUGACGUAUAUAAUCAUACGGGCCACAUAGCGACACUUUUAAAUGACCAAACAGCCAUUAUCAAGAGUACUCUGCGCAAAUUUAUAAAUAUAACUGAAAAUUAUAAACAAAAUAUGAAAAUUAUCAAGGAUGGAAUCAUUACAGUCCUGAAUGAACAUUCUUUUAAUGAUAAUAUGCUAAAAUGCAUUUUAAAUUUAAAUAUUCAUAUAGAUAAUUUAUUAGGUAAUGUCAAUCUAAUCUAUGACUCGAUUAUUGAUGGAAAACUUGGAGUUGUGUCGCCUAGAUUAAUAUCACCCACAAAAUUUAUGGACGCUUUACGCACAAUACAUUCAAAAUGGUUUCACCAAGACUUACUAUUUCCUUUAAAUAAAAAUUAUUAUGUAAUGUACAUGAAAAUUAGUAAGAUUAACAUUAUUUUGUCCGCUGGUAAACUUAUUUAUGUAUUUCAUACGCCAAUACCAACUGGCUAUGAUUAUACUGUGUACAAAUUCACACCAAUACCCAUGUCAGGAUGGAAACGUUACUAUAUAUUUGACAGUAUUAAAAAUCAACCUGUUGCUGUCGAUUCAAAUUUUACAGAGUAUAGCGUAAUUGAUUUAAAUGUUUGUACAUCUAUAAAUGAUUUUAAAAUUUGCGAGAUAACAUCUGCCGUUCAUACAUUUAACGAGGAAGAAAGUUGUUAUGCACAUUUGAUAAAAUACAAAGAUGAUAAUGGCUGUUCUAGAAAAUAUUUUGAUUUGCAAGCUGAUUUUGUUUUGGCUCUGAGUAAUGGUUUUAGUUGGUAUAUUUUACCAACCAAUAAAGAAAAUAUAUUCAUAACUUGCGGCGAUUCUAAAUCAGAUUUAUAUGUGACUAUUACGAAGCCUCAUAUAUUACGACUCAAUUCAAAUUGUAAAGGAUACUCUAAGAACCAUAAGUAUUUACCAAGAAGUCAGGGCAAUGAAACAAAAAUUUCAGAAUAUAAAAUUAACAUUCAAUUUCUACCAGUUGAGCAGAUAGCUCUAAAUACAUCAGCUUUAAAACUACCUGUAUUUACUUCAUCUAAUGUUGACACUUCUGAAAUUUUAAAUUCAGCAAAAAAUAUUGAAGAUAUCAUGAAAGAUUUAGAAAUUAUUACAUCUAAUCAUAACUACCAUUCACGGCUGCUUACGGGUUAUAGUAUCUUUCAUUAUACUAUGUAUACUAUUGCCACUAUUUCAGUAUUUUAUAUCCUUUAUAAAACUGGAAUACUCAAUUGCAUUUCAAUUGCUUUUAAAUUUUGUCUAUUUCGACUGUGUCCAAUAUGUAUGAAAUGCAAAAAUAAUAAUGAUGAACGUAAUGAAGCUGCUAUACCAUUUCAAACUACGAAUGUCCAAAUACGCGAAGAAAAUAUUGCUGCUCAACCAUCAACGUCUGCAGAUGAUCGAUCUAUUGUUCGAUAUGAUGCACGUGCUCCAAUAUCAUAAAAAGUUUAUGUAUAAUUUCAGUGAUGAUCCUAUUUGAAUAUUUUAGAUAUAUUUGAAGCUAUAUUUUAGAUUUAUAGUAUAUUUCAUACAACUAUAUGAUGUUUAUACUGCAUUAUUCUGUACUACCAUAUUAUUUAUAUUAACAAUUGAACGCAUCUUGUACAAGCAUGCAAUAUAACAAUUAUA